CACUGGCCACAAAACACACACAGCAAUUAGUGUUCAGGAGGCCUACUCUGAGGAAUCUGGACACCUUAUUGAAAUCGUGACACAUUCAGAAAUAGGCAAGUGACGUUACCUUGUAUGUUUGAAUAUGAUAUUUCAUGCUGUAAUUCAAUUAGACCACUCUACAGAUGCCAUGCUGACAGUAUGGUGUGCACAGUAUAGGAUUUGGCUGAAGAAAGUUCUUAUAUUAAGCACUAUCAUGUAUUUUACUGUCAAUUCCUUUGAGCAGACCAUGUUUGCAUGAAUGUGAUCAAUACAUUUUCAAGAAUUUAGAAUCCACAAAAUAUGCAUGCAUAAUAACUCCAUUGAGUUUAUAGACAAUGUAUGUAUAGUUAAUGUACGCAAACAUUUGUCGUCAUAAAUAUUUACAUAGAGGAACAUCGGAAAAAUGAAGUUGUUUUGAAAGUAAGGGGCUUAUUCAACUAAUUGGAAUCGGGGAAGGGUAAAUUGAUUGAUAUGGAUAAUCAAAUUAUAAGUGUAAAAUGAUCAUAACAGGUUACCAGUUUUUUUGAGGGGGCAUAGGCAGUCAAACACUUUGAACCACAGGAGAAGGUGCAUAGUAAGUUUGAGCUUGAGGUGUGUCCAUUACAAAGCUUUUUGAGGGGAUAGAAUGUCAUUUAAGCUAAGAUUUUUGUAAGCGCAAUUUACAUAAAAUAAUAUGCCAUCAAGUUGGAACAAAAAAAGAGAAAUGGUGUAUAGUUUUCAUUUAAAAUUUUUACUAAAAGACUGCUAGUCUAGCCCCAAGUUUCAGUGGUAUUUGUAAAAGUGUUGAUAAAAAAGGUUUUCUUGUCUGUUUUUAUUACUUGUCAUUCUUCAGCAAAGCAUUCAUGCGAAAAUGACAUCAUAGACAUGAACAAUUUACUAAUCAAAAUAAAAGACAGCAAAAUUGAAACACACAAAAGAGUCGGUGAAGGGUUCCUGGACUUACACAAGAUACUUGGGGACUUUGAAGACUUGCUGAUUGACACAAUGAAUAAGCAGGCAGCAGAAAGAGUGGAGCGAGUAGAGAGCUUCAUCAGCCAUUCCUCCAAGAAGCUGUAUCCUCUGGAGGGUUUGCUUCUGUACUGCAAGGAAGCUCUGAAGGAACACAACCAAGGGGCUUUCUUGCAGUCUGUUAACCACCUGACGUCAGAGGUGGUCAGCAUUGUAGAUGAGCUCUACGUACCUGAGGAUGAACUGAAAGAAGACCCUUACAAGAGCUUUAGACUGGGAUUUGGAAAUGUUUCAAAAGAUCUGAUUGAUCUUCUUCAAAGUAAUCUUUAUCAUGAUAAAGAAGAGGAGAGACCCAGAACACCAAAGCUAUACAUCAAUAACAAAUAUCCACCUGAGCCUCUUGAGUUCUUGGUCCAGGCAGAGGCCACUGAGACCAUGACCAAGACAUACUCCCCAGAGCCGAAACAGUACAAGCGUGUCUCCAAGUCGCCUCCGACAGUGCCACCCAAUAAGGUUGUCCAGGUGAAAGGAGAAGAUAGCUUCAAAAUGGUGAGAAGACAGGAGAAAAGGCCGAGAAGCACUCCGCCUUAUCAAGAAGACCACAGUCGGAUGAACACCUUCCACUGUCACACUGACAGGAGCCACGAUGACCUGGAAGCUCUUCCCUCUUCAAGGAAUUUCUCAGUAAAAGUACAAGACUUCUUGCUGCCCAGACCACCAAUCAUCUACCAGCACAUAGUGCUUGAAGAUACUGCAAAGAUUUACUGGAUGGUCCCAAUUGGAGAAAACACUGACGUUUUUGAUGUCCAGUUUCAAGUGGUUUCUAAUGAUUCCAGGAUGUCUUUGUCACAAGAGCAAGGGGGCCUUUUUCCUGGAAUAAAGUCUUGCACUUUUGAAGUAGGAUGCCUGAACCCCUGCUCAGAAUAUCUUUUCAGAGUGCGAGGGGUGAACAUCAAUGGAGAGGGAGAAUGGAGCUAUCCUUAUAGGGUUAUAGCUGAAGGCGAAGUUGAUUGAGAGCAAAGUGAGGACAGUGACAGGUUUAUGAUAAACCCCAAGUCAAGGAUACAAUGACGUUCAAAAAAGGUCCUGACAGAAGAAUGUCAUUCAUACUCUGGCUUGCUUCAGCUGCCUGGUACAUCUUGAAGGGUGAACCUAUUAAAUA